AUGCCCAAACGAAAGAAGCAGAAUCAGCAGCAGCCGCCACCACCGCAACAGACUGGAGACGAGGAGGAUGGGAGUCCCAUCGCUCUUCACAGAGGUCCUCCAGGAUCAAGGGGACCAAUGAUUCCACCACUGCUGAGCCUCCCACCUCCUCCCAGGGGCAGAGGCCCAAUCCGGGGAGGCCUGGGCCCCAGGUGCGGCCCAUAUGGUCGUGGCUGGUGGGGGGCCAAUACUGAACCUCCUUUUCCUGGACCAGGCCAUGGGGGUCCUUCCAGAGGAGGCUUUCACAAAGAGCAGAGAAAUCCCCGAAGGCUCAAAAGUUGGUCCCUUAUCAAAAAUACCUGCCCGCCCAACGAUGGCCCCCAAGUUAUGGAAGACAAACCCAACCGCCCCGUCUGCCGACACUUUGCCAAAAAGGGCCGCUGUUGA